UGCUCAGUUUUCUGGCAUAAGUCUGGGAUUCACUUCCCGCCCUGACAGACUCAAUCCAGAAAUCGAAACUGCGCCGGUAUCCAUGCAGAAGGCGCCCGUAUCCUUUGGAUCUCCCUUUCUCCAACAGGAACUCCUCCUGACCCCUAGGCCCACCAUGCCUUCCCCGGAGGACCCCUCUGAAGACCAUGAACAUAGCCAGAGCCCCGCGGAGCAAGCCAUGAAGGAAGAAUUCCAGUUUCUGCGCUGCCCGGGCUGCCAGGCCCAAGCCAAGUGCCCCAAGCUGCUGCCUUGCCUGCACACACUGUGCUCUGGAUGCCUGGAAGCGCCAGGCUUGCAGUGCCCCAUCUGCCAGGCGCCUGGGGCCAGCGCUAAUGCAGAAGCCCUGGAUAACGUGUUCUUCGAGAGCUUGCAGCGGCGCCUGGCGGUGUUCCGACAGAUUGUGGAUGCGCAGGCUGUGUGCACCCGUUGCAGAGAGUCCGCUGACUUCUGGUGUUUUGAGUGUGAGCAACUCAUGUGCCGCAAGUGCUUCGAUGCGCACCAGUGGUACCUCAAGCAUGAGGCUCGGCCCCUGGCCGAGCUCCGCGACAACUCAGUUCGCGAAUUCCUCGAUGGUACUCGCAAGUCCAACAUCUUUUGCUCCAAUUCCAACCACCGCAACCCUGCGCAGACCAACAUCUACUGCCGAGGCUGUGCCAAGCCUCUGUGUUGCGCAUGUGCGAUCCUGGACCGUAGCCACAGCCAUCUCCAAUGCGACAUUGGCGAGGAGAUCCAGCAGAGGCAUGAGGAGCUGGGCACCAUGACGCAGGCGCUGCAGGAGCAAGACAAAAUCUUCAACAAUGCUCAUGCGCAGAUGCGCUCGGCCAUAGGCCAAUUGGAGCAUGCACGCGCAGACACUGAGGAGAGGAUCCGAGCACGCGUUCGCCAGGUGGUGGAGCAUGUGCAGGCACAGGAGCGUGAGCUGCUCGAGGCGGUGAAUGCACGCUACCAGUGCGACUACCAGGAAAUAGCUGGUCAGCUGAGCCGCCUGGAAGCUGUACUGCAGCGCAUCCGCACUGGUGGGGCGCUGGUCAAGAGGAUGAAGCUCUAUGCUUCCGACCAGGAGGUGCUGGACAUGCAUGACUUUCUGCGCAAGGCACUCUGCCGCCUGGGCCAGGAGGAGCCCCAGAACCAACAAGUCCAGCUGCGCACCAGCGGCUUCGAGGAGUUCAAGAUGUGCCUGCAGGACCUCAUCUCCUGCAUCACCCAGAGGACAGAUGCAGCAGUACCUGGGAGAGACAGCCCAGAGGCAGCCAGCACUCCCAAGGACUCUUGUGACCUCGAGCAGCCCAAUGAAAUGCAGAGGGAGCAGGCCCAGGUCCUGAAUAUGUCUAAGACCCACCCUGUGGCUGUGGUACAAUCAGUGCCUGGAGCACACCCUGUGCCGGUGUAUGCCUUCUCUAUGAAAGGCCCUACCUAUAGAGAGGAAGCCUCUCAGACAGUCACCCCCAGGAAGAGAAAGUGCUGCCACACCAAUUGCUCCAGGAAGAUCAUCAAGAUGGAGUCCACAGAGGAGGAUGAGGACAGGUUGACCAAUAGCUCCCCUGAGCAGCCCAGACCCAGCACUUCCAAGGCCAUCUCACCUCACCAUCUGGAUGAGCUUUCCAACCCUGAGAGCCCCGUUCUAGAAGAAGAAACCCUCCUGCUCACCGACAAUCAUGUUACCAGUGACACAGGAAAAGCAGAAGAGCGAAUUGUGGUGAUCAGCAGCUCGGAAGAAUCAGAUACUGAGAAUCUGUCCUCCCACGAGCUGGAAGAUAGCAGCAGUGAGUCCAGUGACCUCCAGCUGGAGGGCCCCAACUUCCUCAAGGCAUCGGACGAGAGCCUCGCUGACCCCCAAGCAGAAGACAGGCCCCUGGUUUUCUUUGACCUCAAGAUUGACAGUGAAACCCAGAAAAUUAGCCAACUGGCAGCUGUGAACCAGGAAAGCAAGUUCCGAGUACUCAUCGAGCCCGAGGCCUUUGGCGUCUACUCUAAGGCAGUCUCCCUGGAGGUUGGACUGCAACACUUCCUCAACUUCCUCACCACCACGCACCGUCCCAUCUUGGCCUGUUCUAAGCUGUGGGGGCCUGGACUCCCUGUCUUCUUCAAGGCCCUGGAUGAUAUUAACAAGCUGUGGGAAUUCCAAGACGCCAUCUCAGGCUUCUUGGCUGUGUUGCCUCUCAUCCAGGAACGCAUACCUGGUGCCAGCAGCUUCAAACUCAGGAACCUUGCCAAGACCUACCUGGCGAGAAACAUGAGUGAACGGAGUGCCCUGGCUGCUGUGCGGGCCAUGCGAGACUUGUGCUCCCUUCUAGAGGUCUGUCCAGGGCCUCAGCUGGUGGAGCACGUCUACCCUUUCAGUAGCUUGCAGUGCUUUGCUUCCCUGCAGCCCCUAGUUCAGGCUAGCGUCCUGCCCCUGGCUGAGGCCCGCCUCUUGGCCCUCCACAAUGUGAGCUUCCUAGAAUUGCUGACUGCAUACCGCAGCAGCCAGCAAGAGGGCUUGAAGAGGUAUGGCCGCUAUCUGAGCCCACAGACCUCCUCCUCAUCAGCUUCCACCCAGCUUGCUCAAUACCUUCAGGCUCUGAGCACCUACAUGGAAGGACUGUCGGAAGAGUGUGCCCCAGCCAGGUCAGAAGGCAGCUCUACUCUCUCUGGCCAGAGCUUGGCCAAAAAGGUCACCAAACAGAGCUGACAGGAAGGGAUGCCUGGCUUAGCUAGUGACCACAGAGGGAGGGGCAUCCCUGAGCCAGGCCUCACCCUUCACCACAUUCCCAGGUCCUGGUCUCCAAUACAGAACUGUCCUUUAGUUUUGAAUAGGUGCCCUUUAUCUGGGACCAAACACUCUUCCUCUAAAAUUCCUGCAGCAGAUGUCAAAGGCACCCCAGACCUGGACACUCCCUCUAGAAGCCAGAGUCAGGAAGACUUGAGUAAAGAAUGCAUGGCCUCUGGGCUCUGUGAUUGGCCCUCAUAUGGCCCCAGUCACCUCACCUACCACUAUACCAUGGGUGGCCUUGCAGUUCUCCCCUGACGUUCAAUAGAAAUGUCCCAAGUGAUCUGCUGAUAGCUCCCACGAGAAACACACUCAGGCAGAGGUCCUCAACCUGUGGGUUGUGACUGUUGGAGAACACACAUUUCUGGUGGUCUUAGGAACCCCCGACUAUAGCUGUUAACCUUACUGCUGAGCAGGGUCUCAGUUCCUUAGACAAUCGGAAACACAUGUUUCCCCAUGGCCGUGACCCACAGGUUGAGAACCACUGUUCUAAGACCAUACUUAUCACUAUACCAGCGGCCCCCUGGGCACCCAAAGUGCCUUUCAAACCAACCUGCCCUUCAUGAAUUUGUGUUCUCCCAGCUCCCACUGUCCAGAGACCAACCGUGUUAACUUUAAAAAAAAAAAAUAACAAUAAGCAAAAACCA